GUAUUGUUGCUGAUGCUGCAGUUUGAAAGUGGGUCAAUUCCAGUUUUCUGUCUGGCACUUUCAUCUGCCUUUUCGCCUCGCUUAAGCGUUCCCACACCGCUUGCUCACACACCACAGAAUGUAUUUGUUAACGAUUUGGACUGUGCAGUUGUCCUAGACUGGUUUCCGUCUCAGCAAGGUCAUGUUCUUCAAUUCAUAUCUUGAAUGUCCGUGUGAUGGUUGGUGUGUCUUCGACUGCUCGUGUGAUCGAAGGCGCAACAUACGGCGUGAUACCUUCCUUCUCGAAAAGCCACUUAAUGAUCUUGACACGGCCGGAACUUUCUGCACUCUGUCCCUGAAUGACCAAAACCAUUUUUCCUUGCAUGUUGAUACAAUUAUCCGAAGCUCAUGGCCCACCAUCUCGUGUCAUGGAGGUAUGACGAUUCGGUGUCGAUUUCUCUUCCUCCAUCGCUGGGUGAUCUUGAGUGCUCUGCCUUACUUUGUCCUCGUCUACAAGACGCGCGAUGUCUUCAAAAAAAAUGUUGGCAGAGUGUUGAUCAGGUUCAGCGCCUGAAGCUACCAGAUGACUCUGCUUCUCAGUACCAUUCGAAUAUUCCUCCUCGCAGUGGUUAUUGCUCAACUAGUCGUCCCUACGUCGCCUGCAAGUUGGCUA